GGACGAUGUCACAGAGGCUGGGGGCAUCUAGAACCCUGGGGGCUCCUGGUCUCAGCGUCAUCUGCCAGGAAGGCCGCCUGGGUAGGUCAUCUCCUCCUGGGACCAGCCUUCAAGGACAGAAUGCGAGCCUGGCUGCCCCCAGGAGCCGUUUCCGUGUAGGACCACCAGGGUCCCCACUGCUCUGCUCAACUGCCUCUGAGCCGCCCUUUCAAGUUCACCUCCAUUCCCUCCCUGGCCACGGGUCCCCUGGGAGGCCCUGGAGAUGCCCGGAGGCCUCCCGUUGGCGGUCCCCAGCGGGACCUAGCUCCACGCCGCAGCCGGAGAAGGACGGGCCAGCCAUGGGGCGGCAGCAGCCAGCUGUGGCCCUGGGGGCAGUCAGGAUCUCGCUGAUCCUGCUGGGGUUGCUCGCUCCCUCACAGGCGGUGGUGCGGGUCGUGCUGGAUGGCAACUCAAGCACGGUGGACUUUGAGGAUCUGCCAGCCCUGUUCGGGGCGCCCCUGGCCCCCGGGGGCAUGCGAGGCUACCUGAUGGAGGCCAAGCCAGCCAACGCAUGCCAUCCCAUUCAGGGCCCGCUGCCGGGCAACGGCUCCCUGGGCGCCAUCGUGCUGAUCCGCCGAUACGACUGCACGUUCGACCUCAAGGUGCUGCACGCCCAGCGGGCCGGCUUCGAGGCGGCUAUUGUGCACAACGUGCGCUCCGACGACCUGGUGCGCAUGGCCCACGUGUAUGAGGACCUGCGGCAGCAGAUCGCCAUCCCCUCGGUGUUCGUGGGCGAGGCUGCUUCCCAGGACCUGCGGGUCAUCAUGCGCUGUGACAAGUCAGCCCGAGUCGUCCUGCUGCCCGACUACCCGCCCCGCCCGGACCUGGACUGCCACCCGGUGCUGGCCGUCUCCUGGGUGCUGGGCCGUGCCCUGGCCCUGCUCACCAGCGCUGUCUUUGUCCUGCGGCGCCUGUGGCAUUGGCUCUGGAGCUGGCGGGCCAGCGGGCAGGCAGUCAAGGCACAGGCCACGCAGAGGGCCCAGGUGCGCACCUUCACCAGGUGUAACGACCUCUGCGCCAUCUGCCUGGAUGAGUACGAGGAAGGCGACCGCCUCAAGGUCCUGCCCUGCUCCCACACCUACCACUGCAAGUGCAUCGACCCCUGGUUCUCCCAGGCUGUCCGGCGCUCCUGUCCCAUGUGCAAGCAGUCAGUGGCCGGCACGGAGGACGGCUCUGACUCCACCGUCGACAGCUACGGGGACGAGGAAGACCCCUCGCUGUCCGGCCGCCAGACCCCGACCUGGGCUGUCCAGGCCCGGCUGCGCUCCCGGAGGCUGGCUCUGCUGACCCGAGCCACCUCCCGGCGCCGCUGUAGUGCCUCCUCCGUGGGGGAGGCAGAGGCCAGUGCGCCCUUGGAGGGGCCCCCAGAACCCCACUGAGACCCGCCAGCCCCAGGCUGGUAGAGAUCCGGGCGGGCAGGGUGGAAGGAAGGCAUGUUUUUAGCCCGGAGACUAGAUAAUAAAAUGGGUUUGAAAGCGGA